GAAUUUCUUUUCCUUUCUUGUUGCGUUGACUUAUUUUCUUAUCAAAUUUUUUUUUCUCUCAAAAAGUUUUUCUAUUUUGUUUCUAUUAAUUAUGUUUCUUAAUUAAUUUAUUGAUUGGAAGAGAAUUAGUUGUCUUGGGACUAAGAGGAGAUUCUAGGAUAUUCCAUGAUACCUUUUGAUCACUGUGUUACCUUUGACCCAAAUGUCUAGUUCAUCUGCAUCCAAUAUACUUGGAGGUGAUGAGGUUAGUCAUCAAGUUGUUGGCCAACCUCCACCUUUACCUCCUCAGGCCUCAGGUUCUUUAGCAGGGUCAACUCAUCAUCUUCAUCAUCAUCAUCAUCACCAUCACCAACAGCAGCAGCAGCAGCAGCAGCAGCCUUCUCAUCAUCAACCUAAGCCACAACAACAACAACCAGUUGACUCUCAUUAUAAGAAUCUUCCUCUUCCUCUUGGUAAACCAUCAUCUUCAUCGGUUUAUCAAGUUUCUCAGGCACAUCAGGGUACCAACUCUUCAACCACAAAUCACCCUCAUGGUUCAACCGUUUAUGCACAAAGAGCCGAUGUUUGGAGUCCAGUGACUUCUUCAAUUACCACCCCUGCAACACCCACUCCUGAUGAUGAACUUCUGGGUCAACUUUCAUUGGAUGAGUUAAUCUCACGGAUUCGAAGUUUAGAAACUAAAAAUAGGAAACUUCUUUAUGACAAUGGUUCAAUGACCAAAGAUAUUAACCAUCAUUUAUCUUCAUUGCAACAAUUGAAACAGCAAAAUUAUCAUCUUAUCGCAGAAAACAAUGAGCUUCGGGAAUUGGCCUGUUUCUUGGAGGAUGAACGAACGAGAUGUCGAUCAAUUGCUCGAGAAUGGCAAUCCUUUGGUACUCAUAUGUCAAGAGUUAUGAGACAUGAAGUAACUAAUUAUUCAAACAAAUUAACUCAAUUGGAAGGCAAACAAUUUGAAUUGGUACGAGAAAAUUUUGAAUUAAAACAACUUUGUCUCACUUUAGAUAAUGAAUUAUCAACUCGAGAAGGUUCAGAAAGCUCAUUAUUAUCUUCAAUCGAACCUCAUAAUCCAUCUAGUAUUGGAACAACAACAACAACAGUUAAUUCAAAUGGAUUAGCAAAAGUUAAUUCAUCUUUCGCAUUGAGAGCUAAAGCCAUCAAGAGUGCUACUAAUAGUACAUUGAACAAAAACGAGACCAAUGUUCAACCUCAACAUCGAGUUAUUUUGAGCCAACAAAUAUUGGAAUAUAUUAGAUCACUAGAAGAUCGGAUAAAACAACUGGAAACGGAAAAGGCCAGAAAAAUAAACAAUGAAAGUACCUAUGAAAACACAAGUGUCCUUAAUAGUAAAAGUAAUCCCGCUCUCGAUAAUGAUGAACACAAUCGUAAUCAUCAACCUGGAUCAGUACCAAUGUGCCCUCAGCCCUUGUUGGUGGCAAUGCAAGCGCUUAAAAUUCAAGAAGAUCUUGGAACCACCGAGAAUCCUAAAAGUUCAACCACUAAUUUCACCCCAAACACCAACAAUAAUGUUAAUUGUUCAACCACCACAAUCGAGAACAACAAUCGAACCAACCCAAAUACGAUUAGUGAUAAUACCAACGAAGUGAUCACCGAUCAACAUAAAGCCAUUGUGAAAGGUUUAUGCAAUGUUAUCUGGCGAAAAAUUGAAGAUUCAUCUUAACAAUUUACUAUUAAUCACUUAUCUUUUAAUCACAAUUUAAUUCUCAGCAAGAAAAAAAAGUGAGAUCAAGAAAAGAGGAUUUUAUUUAUUUUGUAUUAAUUGAUUUUUUUUAUAUUGUAAUUUCUUAAUUUUAUAUCGCUCAACAUUGUCACACAAAUUCAACUACAUUGCCUUAAUUAGUUUCCCUUUUGCCAUAAUUAAUUUUAUCAUUGGGAAGUGGGAAAUUUUUUUAAUUACUUUACAUUAACUUAAUUAUUAUUCCAGGUUACACUUUUCAUUGUAAGAGCAAAGAAAAAUUUUCCUUCCUAUUAUUAUUAAAAGAAAUUUAAAUCAUGUU